CUCGGCGCCGGCCCGGGCUGGAAUGAAGGGGCUGUGGCGGGUCCGGAGGGUCGGUGACGAACGAUGAGGAGCAAUGACGAUCGAUGACGAUCGAUGAGGAGCCGGAGCGGAGCCCGCGGGGUCUCCCCGCUGCGAGGGAUUCCUGCAGCUCUGAAGAGGAGGAGUCACAGAAGAUGAGCAGUGUUCCAACAGACAUGGUUUUCCCCCGGAGUUUGCCCUGGAGUUUCCCUGGCAUUGAUAGGUGUGCAGAGGACAUCACCUUUAGAGAGCACAUUGUCUCACGUGUUUGAUGGUGCUGAGCACUCAGCUUGGCCUGGAAUAUGCAGCAUGUGAGACACUGCUGUUGUUCAGCAUCCAGAGCCCUCCAGGAGCCACUUGAGAUUCCAAGAGUGGGAUAGUUGUUAUUCCUGACAGCAUGGCCAGCGAGGAUCCAAGGUACAGAAGCAAAAUGUUGGUUUUCCAAGCAGGGGGAGUUGUUUGGUAACGUCCAUGGGAACCCUGAUGGAUGUGCCAAUGCCUUUCUAUCAGCUUGCGUGCCUCAGCUUUCUGUCUGCAGCUGUUUGCAGCUCACCUGAAAGAAUUCUGAGAGGGCCUCCCUACAACCUGCGGAUGGAGUCGCACAAUUUCCAGCACAUUCUGUCCUGGCAGGCAAGGAAUGACCCAGCUGUGCCAACAUCCUACAAUGUGCUGUACAGACACCACGGGAACUCGAACUGGACGACUGCCAGGCAGUGCUCAGGCACUGCUCAGCUCUCCUGUGACCUGACAGAGGAUUUCAAACACAGGUCCUCUGAGUACUAUGUAUUUGUUCAGAGCAUCAAAGGAACUGAGGUGUUCAAUUCUUCCAUGCUGCAUUUUGCACCAUUAAGUCAGACAUUCCUGGGACCACCAGAAGUUAAUAUCACUCCUUGUCUAAACUGCAUAAAUGUCACCAUGAAGCUGCCAACCUCUCACUACAGAGAAAAGGGAAAGCUGCUCUCUUUAAUUGAUAUCUAUGAAGAGCUUGAUUAUGAAAUAACACUGAAAUCACAAGAUGGAGAGCAUAAGACACCACGGGAGAAAACCACUGCAGAAGUUUUUAGUACUGUCAUUGAGGAAUUGUAUCCAAGUAGGAAUUACUGUGUGUCUGUUGUGGUCACUGCAUCCCUGAACAAACGUUACAUCCCUUCACCCUGGAAAUGUGUCCCUUCAGACUCGAUGGCUCGACCAGGUUAUCAUGUAGCUUCAGUGGCAGGUGCUGUGUGUGUCUCACUGGUAAUAGCUGUUGCCUUGAAGUGUCUGCAUGCAGGAGGUUAUUUUCUUCAAAGCAAAUCACUGCCACGUGCCUUGGAGUCCAUCAGGAGGUUGGUCUACCUGUCCUGGAUAUUCCCAUCAGAAGAAGUAGACUCUGUGGAGGUCAUCCCCAGAGAGGUUAAAGCCAAGGCUGGCGGGUGCGGUGGCAGCAGCAGUGACAGCGACGGCGAGGACAGUGACAGCAGCGCCCCGUGGGACCACAACUACACGAGGAGGGAGGUGCUGAGCAGAGCCCCCCCUGCCCCUGGCACGCCACACCUGCAGUACUCAGAGAACAGGCCCUGUGAGGGCACCCAGGCCACUGACCCCGCACCCCCUGAGCCAGCGGGGGCUGAGGAGCACACGGACCUGGCGGGAGACGAGGACCUGGCAGGAGACACAGACUCUGGUGGGGAGUUGCUCAGCCCCUUCCCCGAGCUCAGCUGUCACUGCCCUGCCGGGCAAAGCAGCACCUGCUUUACCAUCAACCUGCAAACCGUGCUGCUGGGGAGCCUGGAGGAGUGCGGGGACAGCCCUGCAGCGGCUCUGCCUGCCCCGCAGCUCGAGGGGCACUGGCAGUGUGCCCAUGCCCUGGAAGCAGAGGCGACACAGGGGACUGUGCAGAAAGCACCAGGUGCUGAUGACUUCCAGGAGUGGCAGAACUCUCCUUCAGAGGAGGAAAGCGACUCAUCUGAGUCAGACACGGACCAAGUAACGGGAUACAUGAGGAGGAGGUGAAUGAGGGAGAGCCACUGAUGCUUUACAGCAUACAAGUCAGUAUUGUCCAACUUUUAUUUCUGGACUAAACAUACAGAUCUUGUCUUCUUAUCAACGUUCUGUGAGUGUGGACCUGCCCUACAGACAGAGCUGGAGAAGAGAAGGCUCCAAGGAGACCUGAGAGCCCCUUCCAGGGCCUAAAGGGGCUCCAGGAGAGCUGGAGAGGGACUGGGGACAAGGCAUGGAGGGACAGGACACAGGGAAUGUGGGAGGGUUGGAUGGGAUACUGAAAAGGAAUUGCUGGCUGGGAGGGUGGGCAGGCCCUGGCACAGGUUGGGCAGAGAAGCUGUGGCUGCCCCUGGCCAAGUGUCCAAGGCCAGGUUGGACGGGGCUUGGAGCACCCUGUGCUGGUGGAAGGGUGGUCUCUCAACCAGACCACUUUUUCAAUUUUUUUUUUCUUUAGCCCUGCCACUGGAUUUCUCUGAAACCUGUUUUGCUGGAUGUUUUGCUGUAUUUUUGUAGAGAAAGCAGAUGAAGGGAAAUAACAAAGGGCAGAGAAUACUUACAGUAUUACAAAAGAGUGAAUCGAGGCAUUAAAUACAUUUUUUAUAUCAUUUUGUGCAAGUAUUGAAUACUCUUAAAAUAUUUUUAUGGCAUUUAAAAGUUCCUGUGCUGUACAGUCCUACUUAACAUUUGUACUUCAUAAAUAGGACUUUUUUCAUA